GUAGUUCGCUGGACACAUUUCACUGUGCCUUUAAAGACAGGGACGUCCGACGGAAUGACACUCCAUCCCAACCAGUCCUGCGAAAUGCCGACGUGACACAAUUACCAUCGUGCGAUUGAAAAAAAAAGAGCGCCAAGAGGGAAGAUAACGCUGGACUCUGGAAGUGAAAGUGCUGCUGUCGCCGCGCAGAAGAGGUUUGUUUUUGAAGCUGAAUUUAACGGGGCAAGUUUUGUGAAAAUGGCUCCAAGACGUCGCAACCGCCCGCACCUUAUCAUUAUGAGGGGCUUGCCUGCAUCAGGAAAGACAGACUUAGCAAGGAAAACCAUGGAGGGAUAUGGUAAUGCAGGAUUCAUACUGAGCACGGAUGAUUAUUUCAUCAAUGAUUAUGGUCACUAUAACUUUGACUACAAUCAGCUGGGAGAAGCACAUGCAUGGAAUCAGGACAGAGCUGAGGAAGCCAUGAGAGACCGUGUUCAUCCAAUCAUCAUCGACAACACCAACAUUCGUCGGCGACACAUGAAACCUUACGUUCAAAUGAAGGGUCUUCGGAGGCAUACGACGCAGGAUUUGACGGAGGACGGAGGCGGAGACUGCUUCCAUAGCAAAGACAGGGUCUCGACUAUGGCUACUUCAUCAGGUUUAUGGAAACACCAGACUACAGUGUCGACGAGCUGCAUGAGAGGUAUCCUGGGAUAGAUAAGCAGGACUUGUACAGGAUGAAGAGGAACUAUGAACCGGCUGAGACCAUUUAUGAUGUCCUGUAUGAUAUAUCCGGCACGUAGAAGAGUCAUCAACGGUCAUCGGCGGCUUGUGACCGGUCAGACGGCUCGUCGGUGCUUAACAAAGUGAAUAAAAUGUUGCCGCAAAUGUUGAGGCUACUGCCAAAGUAUACAUUGUUAACAAACAUUCUUCAGGGAUAAAAUAUUGGUCGCAUAAAAUUAAAGCAAGGCUGAUCCCAGUUCAAUGACACUUUGUACCAUUGCUCAUUGGUUUUAAUUUUCAAAUUAUACUGACCAUUAGGAGUCUGAAAUGACCUGUUGUACCUUUAAGUCACUUCUCUUUCUAUCGAUGCUUCUCCCAUUUCCUUUCCUAACUGAAGCUCCUCAGUUGGGUUAUUGAACUCUAAUGUAUUGAUUCAGACAGACUCAAUACUGAGAACAAGAAUGAUCUCAAAUCAUAAGUACUUUACAGUCUGUAGGAGUGUAUCCUUAUUUCUUUGCUGCUUCUCCAUCUGUGCUUUCCACGAGACAACAUUAUUAAAUGUGCAAUUUGACAAGAGAGUCUGUUAAAUGUCUGAAAUGUAAGAAGUAGUAAGAAGUAAUAACAUUUAAGAGGAGUAAUUUAAAUAGUCAUAACACAGCUUUACAUACACCAUUAUAAGAUCAGAUGCAAAGCAGCCUUCU